AUGUCGGUAUCCACCAACACCCGUUCGAGUGAAUCACUUGAUUCAAUUCAUGGUAAAUCGUUGAAGUCAGCAAUCGCUAAUAUCAAUGGAAUUGAAUCAAAUGACGAUGAUGGACUCCACGCCAUCUCUAUUCACCCCACUUCAGCGAACCCCGCAAUCAAAGUACUUGAUGGAGUUCAACCGACCUCACAAUUUCCUAAUCUCACAUACGAUGCUCGAACCGAUCGAUAUAUCAAGAAACCAAAGACUAGAAUAGAACGGGAUUCUAAACUCAAUGAUGGUCUAGCAAUUGAUGGCAUGUAUACAGCAGCUACUGUAGCGAGGGGAGAAAAAGGCAUGGUCGCGAGUCGAAUCGCGGAACGUCCCGAGACAGAAAUCAUGAAAUAUACAAAUUCGGACAGAAUAAUGGGAGUCCGACCUUUGAGGAUGAAGCCACAAGUUCAAGACAAUGGUUUGUACCGAGAAGUCAAGGUGAGGCUUGGAAACGAAAGUGCCGAAGAUGCUGCUAAAGGACAUUUACGAAUGGCGUCAGAGCCAGAGCGGCUUGUGAUUCCAGGAGCAGAUCAACAUAUUGGCAAAUUUAGAGCUGAUACGAUACCAAUUAAGAGAAUUGCAAGACAUCAAUCUGCGAAUAUGUCUCGAAAACUUGAAGAUUCUCCAACCUUAUCCCGUAGGAAUUCCCGCCGCAGAAAUGCUGGUCCAGUCUACUUGCCAGCUUGUACCGAGAACAAAGAUGGAAGUCCAACAAGACCACUUUUCACUCCAGACGAUACAAGAUCGCCAUCACCAAGAUCUCGUCUAGUUCGCUCGCCACCACCAAUGGAUCGUCCAUAUCGUCAUAUCAGUCAACAAUUCGUAAACAACACGCCUGGUAUUGAUACCCCCCCAACACAAGAUCGUGGUUCUGUUGAAAGUGAUCUUUUUUCGGUCGCGCUUGAUGUUACUUCUCUCGUACCGCCAACAGUCAUUACAAUAUCUCCAGAGGUCAAUAUCACUUCUGUCAUGCCACAGUCAAGAACCACCAAAUCCUCAACUACCCCCGAGGCUCCAGUAAAGGUUCCAUCUUAUACCUUUGACCUCCCUGAAAUCUUCUCAUCUCCAUCACCAAUCGCUUCACCACCUAAACUUGCAGCCGCAGUUCCGGCUACUCCCACCCAAAAGUCUGAUUCCACAUACAUCCGACCUCUCCCUAUCUCUAAUCGAAAAAAAACUGGUAUCACUUCAUCAUUAUACUCCCUUUACACCUCUGAAUUCUCUCCUCACAAUAGUGUUCAUGUACAUCCUCACUUUCCAGGAUUUUCAGCGUCCCAACUCCACCAAAACACAGUGAGUACCGCGCGCAGUACACCCACUCAAGGUACCUACAGCCACAGCCGCCACAACACGUAUUCGACAGAUCUCUCCAGCAUCGCAUCACCCAUUACUAGCCUGCUUCACAAGGCCAGACCAUCCUUCGAUGCUGAUCCCUUCCGGAACCCUAGCCCAUCUCUCGAUGCAUUUUCAUUCCCAAAUACCGCGCCAUCAGUUAAACCAUCACCCCUACCCUGUCCCCGCAGCAAUCUCAGCGAAGAAAGCAUCGCCUUAACCGAACAUCUAGUCCGGGAAGGUAUCUACGGCGGUAUUGUCUACGACAUCGCUCCUUCUUCCAAUCGUUGUCCCACCUAUCCAGAACGAUUUGUUCCCCAUCUGACCAAAAAGCUCACUCCGCUCAACUUCAACGCAAGAAGGUACUCGCAUCCGCAAACUCGCAUCCGCGCUCCGAAAGCGCGAAAGAGCGGAGAAAAGAGAAAGGAAAGCCCAAGCGAAACAAGGCUAAAACGACGCUGA